CAGGCAACUCGUCAACAGCAGGCGCCCAAAAUACACGCUGCGUUCUAAAAGCAGCCGGCAGCGUGUAGUUCCAGUUGCAGAUAAGGCUGGGCCACGUGCACCGAUAACGCUCUCCUCGGGUAUCUUAUCUCUGCGUCGCAACGUCGUCGGAGUCGUGCGCUUUCGUUUCCGACCAUGGCAGCACCGACUGCGCACGAGGCGACGGCGCUAUGUUCCUCGUGUGGGUGCUAGUGGCGUGCCUCAACAACAGCUGCUCGGAUGCUCCCGCCGGUGGUGCAGCUGCGGAACCAUCGUGGCCGGCGGUGCAGACCGAGGCCCAGAGGUCGUUGGGUGACUGCGUGCCUGCCAGCGAGCUCCAAGCGCUUUGUCAACGCUGCGCCAAGAUCACAAAGAACGCCAGGGCCUACCGCAUGUGCUGCACCAACGAUCCUGGGAACAGCACGGAGUCUGGACGGACCUACUGCAAACGCUUGCUCGAGCACACUGUGGGCAGCGUGGCCGACGAUCUCCUGACCAGCGGCAGGACAGUGACGCCCUUUCUCUGAGCAGCAACAGUGCGAGGAGAAUAAAAUGGCAUCCCGGAUUUGAAGUGCUGGGCUUUGCCAGCCCUCGGGGGACCAGAAAGUGAUCAACUCCCUCAUGACGUUCACAUACAAUUCCGACUUCAGUGCAUGGAUGCACUCGAGAUGCAUGUGCUCGCGAGGAGCCAUAGUUACUUGGCCGGAUGCAGGAGACACGAAAUAUGAGCAAAUGUUGUUGACGCGACAUCAUCUAUGUUGUUGAGCAGUGCACGACUAUGCUGGAGAGCACCCUGGGACAAGCAUUUUUAAAGUGGGAAUUGUGCAGUCGUAGUCGUUUUACGUAACGUCUGCGCUUUCUGAAAGUGCCGGCGAUCCCCCAGAUACCGUGCUGUGCGCGCGAACCAUCGUGCUCAAGAGUUUCAGCAACUUCAAUUUUGCAUGUCUUCGCUUUUCUGUCCGUCCUUCGUCUGGUCCUGCGCUGUUGAAACAACGUGGAUCAAUUUUAUAUUGUCAUCUUUCGAGUCCUGACUAUUGACGAAUAUGGCAAUGCCACGUCCAUACGGCUUCUGCGAUUCUACCUGAAAUGAUCUCUUUGAGGUGUUCAGAGCUUCUGAGCGAAAUUACUUGAUGUGUUAACAGUACAAUCUCACAUUAAAGCCUAAAGUACAAAUCAAAUUUUGCGCGAAUAUGCUUACGAUGAAAAUAAAGACGAUUUGGAUAUUCAUGAAAACGCUCAAAAAUACGCUGACACUUGGAGAAAUAAAAGAUUAUGAAACAAAAUU